AUGAUUAUUUUAUUAUUAAUCUUAAUACCUACACUAUUAUCAGAUAAUAUUUAACUAGCAAGAGUAUAGUAUUGUGGUUGUGGAGUUGCUCUUAUUUAAUCCUUAUGCAUCUAAUUAGAUGAUUGUAGAUGGCAAAAUUUCAAAUGUGUUAACAUCACAGGUGUCCCAUAAACUAUUGUUGUCACACCCAACAAUACAAAUAAUAAUGACAAUUCUACUGAUGGUAAUUCCACAACUGGCAAUAAAACAAACUCUACAUAAGAAGAAUAUGAUUUUACUGAUCCUGAUUUUGAUUAUGAUUCUGUAGUUGUAACACAUAAACAAUAUGAUAUACCUGAAAUCAUUGAAGAGGAAGUUAAUACAGAUGAAGGAGGAAAUACUGAUGAAGGAGGAAAUACAGAUGAAGGUAUAAUAUCAAUCUUUAUAAUUUAUAAUAGGAACUGAUCCAGGAACAGAUACUGGAACUGGAACAGGCGCAGGUUCUGAUACAGGCACAGGAACAGAUACAGGCACAGGAACAGAUACAGGAACAGAUACAGGCACAGGAACAGGAACAGAUUCUGGUACAGGAACUGACACAGGAACUGACACAGGAACAGAUACUGGAACUGAUACAGGAACAGAUACUGGCACUGAUACUGGAACUGAUACUGGAACUGAUACAGGAACUGAUACAGGAACUGAUACAGGAACUGAUACAGGAACUGAUACAGGAACUGAUACAGGAACAGAUACAGGAACAGAUACAGGUACAGAUACAGGUACAGAUACNAUAAAAGAGAAAGUAAUCUGCAUGUCUUUAAUAUCUACGAACUGA